GUAGAGCGCGCACAGAGGCGGUCUAGCAGUCUACAUUCUCUCGCAGUUGCUGAGCGGAGAACCGAAGGGAACAGGGAACCAGAACAAACGGCCCAGAAUUCACGGAAUACACUUCGGGAGGUGAUAGCACGUUUGUUUGUAUCGCCUACCGCGUGUCAAAUAUUCGGAAGAGCCAGGAUGUCCAGCGAGGUGCCGCCGAGGCCAGACGACAGUCCCAACACCAGCGGGGGCAGCUCGGACACUGAGCAGAGAGAGGCCCCCCCAGCUGAGCAGCAGGCCCCGGAGAGGGACCAGACCCAGCCCAAGAAGAAGGAGGCCAAGAUAUCCAGCAAGACUGCUGCCAAGCUCUCCACCAGUGCCAAAAGGAUUCAGAAGGAGCUGGCAGAGAUAACCUUGGAUCCACCGCCCAACUGCAGUGCGGGUCCAAAAGGAGAUAACAUCUAUGAGUGGAGGUCCACGAUCUUGGGCCCCCCAGGCUCCGUCUACGAGGGAGGGGUCUUCUUCCUGGACAUUGCCUUCACACCAGACUACCCCUUCAAGCCCCCCAAGGUGACGUUCCGUACGAGGAUCUACCACUGUAACAUCAACAGCCAGGGAGUCAUCUGUCUGGACAUCCUGAAGGACAACUGGAGCCCGGCCCUCACCAUCUCCAAGGUGCUGCUGUCCAUCUGCUCCCUCCUCACAGACUGCAACCCUGCUGACCCUCUGGUGGGAAGCAUCGCCACACAGUACCUGACCAACAGAGCGGAACACGACAGGAUAGCCAAACAGUGGACCAAGCGCUACGCCACAUAGACGCCCCGGACACCACACUUUGGACCCCCCACACACACACACACCCUCACACACACACACCAACUCUCCCCACUCCUCCUUAAAUCCGUGGAAGCGCACCCAGGCCCCAGGAGACUCCCCACCUCAGAAAAAGAAAAAAAACGAACUGUUAUUUGUUCCAUGCUGACUUGAAAGCUUCUUUUUUAUACAAAGAGUCUAUUGGGGAAUUGUAUUUUCCAAUACACUGAAUGUUGAUAUGGUCAUGAAAAGCUUUAAUACUGUUGUUAUUGUUGAUGUUGUUGUUGUUAAUUGUUAAUUCUGUUGUUUCAUUACCGUGUUAACCUCCCCUUGUCGUUUUCACUUAAGAGUAAGUCCCACCCAGUCCUUGGAUCUAGGAGACAGGAAUGCUGACUAGGGUACAUGGUUUCAUUGUUUGAGAGAUCAUCUUCUGUUAGUGCAUGGCAGCAGGUUGACUAUCCAUCCAGCGGACAUUCCCCUACAAUGAAUCGUGUGAUUAUUUUGCCCUAGAAAGUAUUGACGUGGAAUGACUCAGCCCCGUCCAUUAAAACAACAUGGUCUGUGUAACUGAGCUAGCUCAUCACCACCUAUGGUGAGAGCAUUUUUUUUUGCUUGUACAUUUGCCUUGUGAGAAUACAUACUCAUCAAAUACUCAAUUAAACACUGCCUGUAAUGUGAA